CGCCGCGACGCAUAAGGACCCCGGCCUGGCGCGCCCCGUCUCCGCACCCUCUCGCGGCGCUUCGCUUGCGGAAGCAUGGAGGGCGAGAGCACGUCCGCGGUGCUCUCCGGCUUUGUGCUCGGCGCGCUCGCUUUCCAGCACCUCAACACCGACUCGGACACGGAAGGUUUUCUUCUUGGGGAAGUGAAAGGUGAAGCCAAGAAUAGUAUUACUGAUUCCCAAAUGGAUGAUGUUGAAGUUAUUUAUACAAUUGACAUCCAGAAAUAUAUUCCAUGCUAUCAGCUUUUCAGCUUUUAUAAUUCUUCUGGUGAACUAAAUGAGCAAGCACUGAAGAAAAUAUUAUCAAGUGUCAAAAAGACUGUGGUUGGUUGGUACAAAUUCCGACGUCAUUCAGACCAGAUCAUGACAUUUAGAGAGAGACUGCUUCACAAAAACUUACAAAAUCAUCUUUCAAGUCGGGAACUUGUUUUUCUACUGUUAACACCAAGUAUAAUAACAGAAAGCUGCUCUACUCAUCGGCUGGAGCAUGCCUUAUAUAAACCUCAGAAGGGACUUUUUCACAGGAUACCAUUAGUGGUGGCCAAUCUGGGCAUGUCCGAACAACUGGGUUAUAAAACCGUGUCAGGUUCCUGUGAGUCCACUGGUUUUAGCCGAGCAGUAAAAACUCACAGCUCUGAAUUUUUUACAGAAGAUGGAUCUUUAAAGGAGGUACAUAAAAUAAAUGAAAUGUAUGCUUCUUUACAAGAGGAAUUAAAGAGUAUAUGCAAGAAAGUAGAACACAGUGAGCGAGCAGUAGAGAAACUACUAAAGGACGUAACCAGACUGAAACGGGAAAUUAAAAAAAGAAAACAGGCACAAAUUCAAGCAGCACGAGAGAACAUCGAAAAAGACCCUCAGGAGAACAUUUUUCUUUGUCAAGCUUUACGGACCUUUUUUCCAGAUCAUGAAUUUCUUCAUUCAUGUGUUAUCUCCUUGAAAAAUAGGCAUAUUUCUAAAAGUAGCUGUACUGCCAACCACCAACUCAAUGUGAUAGACAACCUGACUUUAAUGGUAGAAUACACUGACAUUCCUGAAGCUAGUCCAGCUAGUGGUGCCCUGCAAAUGAUUAAACGUAAAGCUUUAGAUACCAAUGAUGGAUGGCAAUUCAAGAAGUCACGGCCAUUAGAGAUACAAAACAAACCAUCUAAAACAGAUACUGAUAGUAGUAAUCAAGAAAAAGCAUCCACAAUGAGCAGCCCCGAAACAGAUGAAGACAUUGAAAAAAUGAAGGGUUGUGGUGACUAUCCACAGUCUCCUACAUUUUGAUCAUUUUAGGCCAAAAGGACAUUUUUAAUUGGCUGAAGGGUAAAGCCAUUUAUAUUGUUUUUACUAUGUUCAGGUGUUUUGCAGUAAUACAUAAGUUCUAUUACAUUUAUUUUUUAAAGCACUUUAUUUUAAAACCAUAACCUUUUUUUGUCCCCCUCCUUUGUUAAAGAUUUUAAGUAAUUCCUACACCCAACAUGGAGCUUGAACCUACAACCCCAAGAUCAAGAGUCGUAUGUUCCACCAACUGAACCAGCGAGGCGCCCCCGUUUUUUGCUCCUUAUACGAAACUGUUGAGGGAAAAGCUUAAAUGAUAUUCUUUUAAACUUCUAUAGCAUUCUUUAGAAUUGGAAAAGAAAGACUAACCUUAUUUUCACAAUAGAAAAAAAUGUCUAAAGUUAAUAUGAAAUGUAUUUCAUUUUUAUCUAAGGCACCGUAAUUCCUGCUCCUUAAGUUACAAUAAAUGGCUAGGUUGCCAGAUAAAAUGCUGGACAACAUGCAGUAUUAGGCAUUGAAAACUUACUCAUUGUUUAAAUGAAUAAUUGAAUUUGAAUCGGAGUUCAAAUUUAAUCACAUGUCCUAUAUUUCUAUUUGCUAAAUCUGGCAGUUCUAAUUAUGGCAAAACUGUAAUGUGGCACAAAUAUCUCUCCCUAGUCUAGAGUCUUCUACACAGAAUUGAGUGAAUCCAGAAUUUGAGAACAGAACAAGCCUGAUAAUGCAGCGUGUCUGAGAUCAGCAGCUGGUCAAGUAGCUGAAAAGGCCAAUUAAAGUGGGACUCAAAAAUGUACAUAUGUGUAUAGGUAUACAUAUGUCUAUCACCGAGAUUUCAUUUUAACAUAAAGCAGAAUUGUACAUUCAUUUGUCAAUCUUUUGUUGUAGGAUUAGGAACUUUUCUGAGUAUGCUGGUGUUCCAGUAUAAAUCACAUCCAUUAUUUAACCUUUACAAUUCCCAGUUUUAGUUUCUUUAAAGUGAAGAAUUUAAAGAAACUUGAAAAGCAACCUGAGUACAAAAUGCUUUUUUUUUUUUCAUUUCACAGCACCCUCCUACUUCCAACCUUCUUCAGCUGUCCUAACCACACCUAACUUGACAACUAUUUUCUUAAAACUAUUUUUUUAUUUCAAAAGCAUUUACUUCAUUUUCAUUGCAGCAAUAACUUUAAUGCUCAUACUUCAUCAAUACAAUGACAGACAAAACUAACACAGGUCUGGGAACAAAAUAGCUGCCUCUUGGCAAUGCAAAACUCAACAGGUUUGAAGAGUAUGGGCUUCAGUAUGAUUUUAAGGAUGUAAAGCUCCGGUUUAAUCCAGUGAAUUGGUUAAGUGGAAGUUGGCUAAGAGAGCUUUUACUGUGUUUUUUGUAUUUGUCUUUUCCAUAAUUUUGAGAAUUUUCCACAAAGCCUAUACAUCAUAUAGCCUUUAUGUUUUACUCACUGGAUGAAAUGCUGAACACACACUUUGACCAUUGCUUUUCCAUCUGCUACUUCCUAAGUGACAGAACAAAUUCAUAGCUACUAUCAAAACUAUCUUUUAUCUAUUUUAACAUGCAUUAGUUACCAUGGGGUGCUAAUGAAGCCCAUAUAACAGCAGGGAUGUUCUGUACAAAUAAUGAGUUUCUGUUGGGAUCGUUUAACUGGUUACCUAAGAAGCACUGCUGUGUAACAACACCAGGCAGAGGGAGGGGUAAUAGGUUGGCAGUCUGAAGCCUAACUUAAAAAUAACCACAAACAGGGGCGCCUGGGUGGCUCAGUCAGUUAAGUGUCUGCCUUCGGCCCAGGUCAUGAUCCCAGGGUCCUGGGAUGGAGCCCUGUGUUUGGCUCCAUGCUUUGCGGGAAGUCUGCUUCUCCUGCCCUCCACUCCGCCCCCCUCCCCCACCACCUUUUCUCUCUCACAUGCUCUUCCUGAAAUAAAUAAAAUCUUAAAAUAACCACAAACAUCACUAGAGCAUAUAGAACAUCACAGAGAACAUAGAUAAGGACUAAAUGCAACCAACAAAUGAACUGCUGGAGGAGGUUAUUGAGAACACAAGACUGCUGGUUGACCUGGCAGCCGGACUGAAGCAAAGGUUCCACUUCCGUCCUUGGAAUGUACAUUUUGCCUACUGUUCCCACAGUGUGAGCUGUUCCAAAGACAUAGCCUUGAGAAAGUAAGAUGUUGACACCAUAUGGAUUGUAUGUGUGACUGAACCCAGUUAAGGCCUCAGUAUAAACUUUUAAGACUAGCAGGCAGGUGCAGAGAUGUACUUGUCUUGCGGCCACCCAAGACAAACUUCCUAAGUAAGUUCCCUUGCUUAUUACUAAGCCUGCCACCUACAAAUAGGGAGUUGCCUGCCUCUUCAGUCUCUCCCUGCCCUCCAUGUACCAGUUUAUGAACCAACUGCUAGACAAGGUACUGCAGAAGCAAUAAGUAACCAACAUACGCGACUAUCUUCUGAAGACAAUAGCUUAAGAUUUUUCAAAGACUGCUUACAAGAAACAGGCUUUCAUCCAAAGUUAAAUUUGCUGAAACACUAUAAAGAGGUAAUGUAUUUGGCUUAUACUUGUGCACAAUGAUCCAUCUUCUUUGAAGAAAGAAAUGCUAAAUUUUCCAUCAGAGAACCUUGCUGAGGUCCGUACUGGCUUAACUUCCAUAAAUAAGUUUGAUGACCCAAGUUUCAGGGCAUUAAAUGAAGGAAAAGGGUCCUCAUAGAUCAUUUUUCCCCAAUUAUUCUCAUCUUUGGCAAUUAGUUUGUAUCACUGGAGUAAGAUAGUUCUAGACCAUUUGCCAAUGGAUCAUUUUUAAAGUAUGCUACCAGUUUUAAGAUAGACUAGCCCAGGAGUAAAUCUGAGGUCCUGCAACUGCAUCACUAUCCAUCCCCAUGUAACAUCUCUACAAAGGGAAGAUCCUAGCCAGGCAUAUUUCUAUUUACUAGUUAGAAAAUCUGAGCAAUUUUAAAUCCACACCCUGCCACAUGGAAUUUGUGUAUAAUACAAGCAUUCCACCUUCAUGCACCCAUAUCCCUAAAAUCCCAUUUACAAGACAGAAUCUGGGCCUAAAGUAAAAUUCCAAUAGAAGUCAUCCUUUCCAUAUAUUUUUUAAAAGACUUUAUUUAUUUGACACAGAUCACAAGCAGGGGGGUGGGGGGGCUGGGUUGCAGAGGGAGAGGGAGAAGCAGGCUCCUGGACGAGCAGGGAGCCUGAUGUGGGGCUCCAUCCCAGGGUCCUAGGAUCAUGACCUGAGCCGAAGACAGACACUUAACCGACUAAGCCACCCAGGCGCCCCCAUCCUUUCUGUAUUUUAAAUCCCCAUGAGUUUUAUGAGCUAACUAGGGACCAUCCUACAGUACCAGUUUUUUAAAAUUUGUAUGUAUAUAAAAUAAUGAGUAUUAACAUUUUAAAUAACUCAUGUUCUUUAAAAGUGAAGAGGAAGCUUUACUUUUUCCUUGUAAGAUUUCAAUUAUUAAGAACUAACUUAAAACUUCAGUUUGAAAGGAUUGAGCCGAUUUUCUACCCAAAGGUUAUUAAAUCUUGUAAUUUGAGUCAAUAUUAGAAUCAAACAACCAUUUAUUGUAAAAUAUGUUUAUUGAUGGAUGUUAAGACUCCUAUAAUUUAUUCCCGAUACUUGAUGUUACAAACUUUAGGGUCUUUGAGAUAUGCAGGAUCCUUGUAUGUAACUGGCAUAAACCCUGUAAAAGAUAAUGAAAGUGCUUCACAAAAGAUAAUGAGCAAACUUUUGAUUGGUCCAAUUCAGUUUUUCAGGUGCUCUUACCCAUUAUUUGAGCUCUCUUAAUUGCUUUUGUGAUUUCUUUCUGUUUCUUCCCACAAAGACCUAUAAAAAAAUGCUUUCAUAUUCAUAAAAAAUGUCAACACUCAAAAUGCAUAGCAACUAUCUUAAGGAAAGGUUGGAAAACCUAUAAAUAGCCAGGCAGUAAAUAUCUUAGGCUUUGCGGGCCAUACAGUCACUGCUGUAAUUACUCUGAUGUAGCUCACAAAGCAGCCACAGGCAUUAUGUAAAUAAGCUACUUACAAAAACAGGUGGCAGAUCUAACUUGGCCUAUAGGCAAAUAGGCCCUGGUUUAAAUAAGUAGUCUAGGAACGAUUACAGUAUACUCCAAAACAUCAACACAAUUUUCUAAAGCCCUAGUUUUUUACAUGUUGUCUGCCUAUGGUUAACUCUGAGCAUAAGAAGACGUGUAAAAUAAUAAUCCUUUUGGGCUACGAAGAGGCUUUCUCAAAAGUACCUCUAGUAUCUGGUCUACUAGUGAUUUAUAGCACAACUUGAAAAUUUGACAUUUUUCUUAAAUAGAUUUGUAUAAUUUUUGUAAGUUGCUAUAAUAGAAAACAAAAUACCUGUUAUGUGCCUUCCAUAAAUGCAUCCAGUAAAUGGAGAAAUAAACUGGGACAAAAGCUGUUUUGAGUUAUAUUUGGAGAAGAAAAAAAUUUAUAUCAAUACAUUUGUUCAACCUUGAUUAUGUAAAUUUAAAAAAUUAUAUAUCACUGUCCAGUUAUGUAAAGGUUUAUAAAUAAAUUUCAAACUUCAUAAAAUA